CGAGAGGCGGGGUCAUCGCCAAUAAAGCUGGGCGUCGGCGCUGCACCUGCAGUAGAGUCCCACCGCAGUUAGAGUUCCGGGUGGUGCGUGUGAGGCGGAGCUCGGCAGUUCCGUCUGCUUCAUCCGCAUCGUCUCCCUGUCUGUCUCGUUGCGUUCUCCAGAGAGGGACGGACUUCCUCUGUCAGAAAAAUGUCUGCUCCAGCUCAGCCACCCACUGAAGGAACAGAAGGGGCUGCCCCAGGUGGGGGUCCUCCUGGUCCUCCUCCUAAUACGACCAGUAAUAGACGACUACAGCAAACCCAGGCACAAGUGGAGGAGGUGGUGGACAUCAUGCGUGUGAAUGUGGACAAGGUCCUGGAGAGGGACCAGAGGCUGUCAGAGUUGGAUGACCGAGCUGAUGCCUUGCAGGCGGGAGCAUCACAAUUUGAGAGCAGUGCCGCCAAGCUGAAAAGGAAGUACUGGUGGAAAAACUGCAAGAUGAUGAUCAUGCUGGGAGCUAUCUGUGCCAUCAUCGUGGUAGUUAUUGUGAUCUACUUUUUUACUUGAGAAUGUGCCAUCCCUCCCUGUUCUCCAUUGCCAUCAAGCUCAUGUCCUUUUCUCUCGGUUUGCUCUCUCAACAAGCCCUCCCUCUGCCUUCUCCAUUCAGCCCAGGCUUCUCCGCCAUCCACCCCUCCUUUUUUGUUGCAUACAUCUGCACUCUCUUCCUUGACACUGGAAAUGCUGCUCGUGGCACAGUCUUGAAGUCACUACCAGUUUUUGUGUAUCCCAGAGCUUGAAAGAGUUGCGGCUAAGUGGGGGUGGGGUGGGAAUGGCAGAGGUGAAGUGUCUGAGAAGUUGGCAUGGCUGAGGGAAGGAGAAGGGAAUUUGUGUGCAUAGGCCUCCUAGAAAGGCUGGCUUCAGCAGGAGGGGAGCACACUGGCUGGGAAGUAGUAGCCUGCUGCCUGACACACACACACACACACACACACCAAACACA